CACCGGUUUGGUUGCCACUGCUGCAGCAGCAGCAGCAGCAGCUUGCAUCGCCGCUAGCAGCCCGCCUCACUUAACACAAUUGUGGGGUAGCAGUACAAAGCGGGCAGGGUAAUGUAUCUCCCUCCCGCCACACUGCUAGUGACAAGUGUUCCCAGGGAGUUCUAAAGGCUCGAUCCUUCAUCUGCUAAUCGAGGCAUACACUGUAUCGACCUAAGUGCUGAAGGCUGUGAAGAGACGUAAAUACUGAGUGAGCAUCGCCGUCAGUAGUGAGGCUCAUACCCUGGUAUGAGUGGGUGGCCAAUGCUGUGAGCACACCCAGGAACUACAUGAUCGUCGUGCAUCAGAAGGGUGGCCUAAUGCAUGGUGAAGCUACGUCCUGUAGACGGCGCCACUGGCGACACUCGUCACGACAAACAGCUGUCAGCUGACACACACCAACACCUGCCUAAUACUCACCCUCCUCCGCCCUCACGAGUCAUACACCCACGCCUACACACAGAUGUCUGCUUACGCCCACACACGGCUGACAGGUGUUUACACUCUCCUGCUGUACGCCCUCGCGUGCAGUCGGCGGAUACGAAGCCACAACUGCUGCCAAAGCGUAUACGCGUACAUCUGCAGUCACCUGAUGCUCACCUACGCCUGCAGUUGGCAAAUGCUCAGCUUCGCUUGCAGUCACCGGAUGCUCACCUGCGCCUUCAACCAGCUGACAGUCUCUCGCAUCACGCUGACAUCUGUCAACAUCAUCCGUCAGUUUACACCCGUCCACAAGUACAGUCAUGCACCGCCCGUCAACAGGUGCCUGGUAACACACACAGGCACGACACAGGGAUACAUGCAGGUGUGUCCAGGGCAGCGACAAAGGGGCAGGCGCCUCCAAAAGCGAGGACUCUUGCCCCAACAAGUGUGGAAGGCUUGGGUAAUAAGCCUUGUGAUGGGUGUGUGUGUGGCGAACUAGUGAGUGAGUUGGAAGUCAGUGGUGUGAGGAACCCUGUGUUAGUGGGUUACAGUGGUGUGAGAAGCCCUGUCCUAGUGGGUUCUAGGGGCGAGAGAAACCCUGACCUUCUAUGUUCCCGUGGUGUGGGAAGCCCUGCCUUAGUGGGUUCCGGUGUUGAGACGAGCUCUAUUCUAGUGGGUUCCCGUUGUGUGGGGAGCCCUGCCCAAGUGGGUUCCCAUGGUGUAGGAAGCCCUGCCCUAGUGGGUUCUCGUAGUGAGGGAAAUCCUGGUGUGGUGGGUUCUUCGUCUUCGUCGUGGCUGUCGUCGGAUGCCCUCUGCCUCCUGUUCUGCUGCAGGAGGGAGCCCCGGGAGGAGGAGGAAGCCGCCACCAAGGAAGACCCCUCCGGCCUUGCCGUGUACAAGGUGUAUGGUGUGCGACCCAGUAGUUGCAGGGUCCAAGCUACACUCCUGCCUUCCGAAGAUGAAGACGAAGAGGACGUUAGCGACUCCGGAGUGGACGACGUAUCCAACACACAGAAGGUGCUGACGGCGAAACUUGAGGACCUACGCACGUGCCACGACCUUAUCAUCAAGCAUGGAGCGGCGCUGCAGAAGUCACUGGGGGAACUGGAAGCCAUCGACAACACCCACGACCUCACCGCUAAGACUAAGACCGUCAACGAGAGGGCGACGCUCUUCAGGAUCUCUUCCAACGCCAUGAUUAACGCAUCGGAGGGUCAAGGUGUAGGGGACACUGUGUCAGCCUCCAGCAGUGAAAGUGAUGGUCAGGACAACACCGUCCAAGUCAUCAUGAGAAAAGACAACAAUACGGAUAGUAGCUAUAGUGUUAACUUUAGUGAGCCUUUAUCCUUCUUGCAGCGAUUAACAGAAGAUUUUGAGUACAGUGAUAUUUUGGACAGAGCAGCUCUGAUAGAAGAUACAUGUGAACAGUUGUCCCUGGUUGCUGCUUUUACGGUAUCUUCAUAUGCCACAACAGCUGAAAGAACGGCAAAACCUUUCAAUCCCCUCCUUGGUGAAACCUAUGAAUGUGAUCGUACUGAUGACCUUGGCUGGAAAGCAAUCAGUGAACAGGUAUCUCAUCACCCUCCCAUUGUGGCACAGUUUGUGGAGGGCAUUAAUGGUUGGACCAGUUGGCAAGAGUUCUCCAUGUCAUCCAAGUUCCGUGGCAAGUACCUUCAGAUCAUCCCCCUUGGUAUUGCUCAUCUUAAAUUUGAUAAUAGCGGCAAUCACUACACUUGGAGAAAGGUGUCCACCACUGUUCAUAAUAUGAUUGUUGGGAAACUUUGGUUAGACAACCAUGGAGAGAUGGAGAUCAUUAACCACAAAACUGGAGACAAGUGUUGUCUUAAGUUCAUUCCUUAUUCUUAUUUCUCUCGGGAAACUCCAAAGAAGGUUACAGGAUAUGUAGUAGACAACGAAGGUACAUUUAAGUGGUUCAUCACGGGUAUGUGGGAUGAGAAAAUUGAAGCGUGUCGUGUAACUUCUCAGUCCAUGCGAGGUGGCAAGCCAACGUAUGAGACUGGCCCUCCUAAAGUGCUCUGGAAGAGGAACACAGUUAAUCCUGAAGCAGAGAGAUACUAUAACUUCACUGAACUAGCAUGUCAGCUGAAUGAACCAGAAGAAAAUGUAGCCCCUACAGAUUCUCGGAACAGACCUGACCAGAGGCUAAUGGAAGAAGGUAACUGGGAAGAAGCAAAUUUAGAGAAACUUAGGUUAGAAGAGAAACAGCGAGCAACUCGGCGUAAACGAGAAGCAGAUGCAGAACUUGCAGCAAAUGAAGGCCGAGAAUACCCAGCUUACAGUCCAACUUGGUUUAGAAAGUUAACUGAUGAAGCAACAGGAGCCCUUAUCUUCAGAUACACUCAUGAAUACUGGGAUUGCAAGGAGCGACAAGAUUGGUCCAGAUGCCCUGAUAUCUUCUAGUAACCAGAAAUCCUCUAGUACCUGCCUUAUUACUUACCAACUAACACCUGCCAAAUCAUUGAUGGCCCUCGAGAGGCAAUGUUGUCCAGCACAUCAAGAAGGUUCCAAUAUGAUUUGGAGCUACAUUGGUGGGAAUGUAUUUUAUCUGUUACUGUGGUGAUAUAUGACAGAAUUAUGUUCCAUUUCUUCACAGCUUGGUCCUUAAACUCCAUAUGUGAUAUUUGUAACAAGUCACAUCUUUAGCAAAAUUCAUAAAAGUCUAAACUCACAUGCUCAAUGUCUUCAAGGCCUUGCUGUUUCUAUAAAGAAAUUUGGAUGUAUAACAGCAAAUACAAUACUGAUGUUUGCAGAGCCCACAGUAAAGCUCAUAUUCACUGUAACAGUGAUAUAUUUACUCCAUAUCAAGGACUCAGAAUUACCUUCUAAGGCUCUAGGUGCUAAUGCUCUGUGUUUUAACUGCAGUCUUGAGGUACUUGUGAUCCUAUUAUGGCAGAACUGACUAGUACUUCAGGUAAUUUUUAUGGUGUAUAAAGUGCAAGAGUGAUAGAAAAUUUAAAAAAUUGUGGUGCUGGUAUGCUGGGCCAGCUGUAAGCUGAACAUACAUUACCAGUGGACAUACUUUAGUUUGAGCACCAAGUUUUGUAGUUGUAACAUAAUGUGUGUUUUGUUCAUAAUGCAUAUUUUAUGGUCUCAGCUAUUACUUGGUUUAGUUAUUGUAAUUUAUAAUUUCUCAGUUAUGGGGCUUGUGCAAACUUGUUCAGUAAUCAACUGCCCAUUGUACAGUUAUAUUUUUCACUAGGAUUCCCAGUUAAUAAAAUUAUUUCUCUUAAAAGGAUAGAAUCUAUUGGAAAUCAUUUAUAUCAGCUAUUAUUAUACAGCCUGUUUUGGAAUUAUCAGGACUUACUUUUGCUCGUCAAAAUUUAGAUAUUCAGGAGGCUAGCUAUACGAGGAAAUAUUUCUUAGAUGUAUUCUUGCCGAAACAGUUAUUGCGACAACCUAAUAAAUUGGUCAAUCAAAGGAAUGACUGUCAAUAGCCAAUCACUCUUUAGCAGACAAACCUUUAUAGUUCGUCGUAAGGUACCAAACCGUUGCAAAUACAGAAAUUCAGACUAGUUAUGUGAUCACAGUCAAGGAUGCUAUGAAAUUGUUAAAUCUGUUGGAGUAAAGCUUUUCUGGAAUAUACGAGUAAAUGUUUUUCAGUGACUGAAGACAGUUAAUUUACGACAAUACUUUAAUAGUUCAAACGUUGUAAUGGGCAAGCAGGUUAACUUAAAUUAACAAAGAACUGCAGAUAAGAUAGCUCACUAGCAUUUCGCUUUACCAUAUUUUAAAAAUAUUGAGAUCACAUAGUAGAUAAGAGAUCGACCACUCUAGCAUUGGUAGUAGUACUUUACAACUGAUAUCCAUACACCUUUAAUUUUUGAAGAAUUCACCAUAGACAAAACAUAAGCCCUUAAUCCAGGGAAUGCAUCCCAUUUUAACACAUUCUGUACUUAAGAAAGCAACAAUGCAAUCGUGUUUGCUACAUGCUGGUGAUCCUUACUUCAGUUUUUAGAGUUGUUACUUGUUUGCUUGUAUAUUUAGAAUAUAUUUUUGGAUUUCCUUAGUGUAAAUUUCCUAUUUGUCACUAGAUAUAACAGAUGGAAUCCGCAUAACUGGAUAUGUAUAUAUAUAUAUGUAAUAUAAGACCUUAUAUGCACAUAAAAUAUAUUCACCACUUGUUGUAGGCCAGUCUACUGCAUUCAUUCAUUUUGAAGUGUUUAUUGCUAACUCUCUCCAUGAGGUGGGGAGAGUGGUGUACCUUAUUUUUACAUUCUUCUUUAUAUUUUUGGAUUCCUUUUCAUAAACUAAAAAUCUUUAUCAUGAAAAUGCCAUGUUGUACAAGGAACUCUGUAAGAUGUGAUGAAUUAUGAUAUAUUACUGUAUAAGCACAACUGUAUACCAUAUACAGUAUCUGCAAAAUUGGUUUCAACAGCCAUUAGCUUCAUUUACAAACUUGUCAUUGUUUUUUUGUUAAGUAAGACUGUCAUAAGUUGUACAAGGAAAAACUAAACUGCAAAUUUACAGGCAAAAAGGCAAGAAUAAGAUGACAGCGGUAGAGCACGUUGAAAAUGUAUACUAAUCCAUCAUGAAGCGUUGCAAUCAAUGUUCAAGAAAAGAAGUCGUCAAUAGGAGACCCUUAAAUAUUUAGCACUUAAAUUUAUUAUAUUACUAAUAACAGAAUGGCCUAGUGUUUGCACAGGAGGAAUAGGCGAGCUGAAAUACAAAUGCAUCAAAUACAUUAUCUUUUUUAGUUAGAAUUGUGUAAAGUGUGAGAACAUUACAGGCAAUUUGCAGAACUUUUCUCUUUUAAAGCUUUGUGGGACUAGGUUCUCUAUUCAUAAUUGGGAAGCAACUGCAAAACAUGAUCAUACUGUGAAUAUCAAAAAGAAUCAUGCCAGAUAAUUAGUAAUAUGACAGAAGUGUAAAAGAAGAGCAACUGAUAAAAGACAGAUUUUAACAUGCUUAACACUAUAUAAAAAUAAAAACAAUAAUUUAGUGAUUUUUUUAUAUUAAAGUUACUUUUCAUCAUCAUGAUAGUGAAUAUCUUUAUUUGCUACUAGUAUACCUUAGUUGAGAAAUUCUGUAUAUAUUGUUAAAGACAAUCAGUUUUUUAUACUGUUACGACUUUUGUAAAGUGAAAAUUUAUUUUCUUUUAUCACCAUUAUCAAGACAAGUCUUUCAGUAUAAUUUAUAAUAUGAAAACUUAAUUUUCUUUCCUAAAUUGUUAUUGCAGUAUAUAAAAGACCUAACACAAGACCAUUGUGAUUGUUAAUCCCUUGGAUGUGGCCAGCCGUCCUUACUCCACAUUCUGUUACAAGUCGGAUUCUAUUGGUCACUAAAAGAUAAUGGUAACCUGACACUCUGCAGGUUCAUUUUUUCCUAUUUUUAUUUUUUUAACUGAACCUUACGAGUACAGGUUACAAUUGUUUUCCAUGGAACUUCUUGAAGUUUACAACUAACUCUGCAGCUUCAUCCAUUUAAAAUUGUUUGCUGUAUAUUUUAGUAUGACAGUGAAUUUUGUUUUAAAUAAACUGCCCAAAGAAGCUUUUGUUGAAUGAUCCAUACGAGUUUAGCACUUUUUUUUGUGAAUAUAAUAAUAAUCCCAUUAAUUUACUGUUGAAAAAAAUUUCAAUGUUUGUAAUAUUUUCUAAAAACAAAUGAAGUAAAUAUAGCUACUUCAUAUACAUGACGAGUUACUCAAUUUAUGUAAUAUACAUAAUCAUUAUCUGGUCAUGAACCGAACUAAGGUUCCAAGAUGGAAGUAUGAGGAUCACACUGAGUCUUCAUUUGCUGAGCACAUUAAAGUACUUGAAUAUACAGUAUUUCUACAGAUAUGCAAGUGGUUGUUAUUGGGGGGGGGGGUCUAAAUUUUCCCAGAAUGAUUUCAAGGUGUGUUGUUGCAUUAAUGCACCUUGCAUUUUACCCAAUGACAACUGGAAAUGAAAAAUAUUCUUAACUGUUAGAUACUUUAACAGUUGUAAGCCUAUUUUUUAAUAUUUUAAAAGAUGUUUUGCCAUCUAAAGAAGCUGCCAGUCUUUACUGUGAGUAGAUUAAGACAAACCGAAUUUUAUUUGUGUUGGAUAUAGUGCUGCAUUCUUUCUUUUGCCAACUCUAAUAUCAAAUAUGUUAGCUCUGAGAAAAUUAUGAAUUUUGAAAUGACAUUAGAAUGGUUGCCCUUGCAGAGGAUAGUUUGCCUGCUUGUGAUAAAUUGAAGUUUUAGGAGAUUAGGACAGCCAAGAGCUCUUUAGGUGAUAGAGCUCUGCAACAGAGAAUAGAGCAGUUGUCAGCUCUGUAGACAUAAUAGUACACCUUGUUUAGGGACUUCAUCUGUACAUAUUCCCAUUUUAGGGAUAUGUGCUGACCAAUGUUACAGUUCAACCUUAUUAAUUCUGUACCUUUGCUUUAUUCAGUGGUCUAAUUGGUUGAAAUCAACCAGGUAAAAAUUUGAUAAUCCAAAAUAUGAAGGCUUAUUUUACAUAAACUCCUGGUCAAAAUUAAUGAGGUUGAAUUGCAGUGUUAGAAUCUUAGGUUGUUUGAAUGAGAUUAUAUACUGUUGUUAAAGCUUUAUAUGAGGAGCUCUGUCUCUUUUUAUUUUAAAGUUGGGCUUUACAUGAACUUUAUAAAAAGAGUGAUUGGCAAUUUAUAGGUACUGUACUUUGAUUAUAGUGUUUAUAAAAAAAAAUUGCACAGUUUCUUUAAUCAGUACAAUGCCUAACAUUUAACAUACUAUGGCAGUUCCACCAGCAAUAUAGAAUUGUAAGUGGACAUUGCCUCAGUCAGAUCUCUUGUUGAAAGGCAAUAUUAAAGACUGAUUAUUAGCACAUUAUUCUUACAUACUGUAUAUUAUUUGUAUAAUGCAUUAAUUGCUUUUGUGAUACACAAGAUAAAAUAAAAUGGGAGACUAGUAUUUAUGGAUAA